GAGUCGCCUGUCGUAAACCAGCAGUCCCAAGGAGGGGAGGAUAAUUCUGUAAUGACUAGGCUGCAGAACUUCACAUCAAUCGAUGUGUUCAUCUCCCUGUUGCAAAGAAAUGGCUUACCGGUAACCAGCAGCGACAUUUUCAGCAAUUAUUCAGAUUUCGACGGCGCAAUGCACAUCAGCACAGGAGGCCGAAUGGCGCAACCAGAUGACUGCUCUCCCCGGUUCACCACUGUCCGCUUGACGUUCCCCAGUUCCAAUCCCAACAUCGUCUACUUCCCCCGCUGUACCAAGAUUGAGAGAUGUGGCGGUUGUUGUGCCUCCCCCCACCUGGAGUGUGUGCCCAGUUACACGGAGCGGGAAAGCUAUAAGGUAAUCAAAGCGGAACAACCAUACCCAGGUUCCAGUCAUCUAGAAUGGAAGGGAGAAUACCACACUGUUAUCAUCGAUCGACACGUCAACUGUCGGGUCCAGUGCACUUUGACCCCAGACAAAUGCGGACCUAAAAAACAGUUUCAAGAGAGACAAUGCGACUGCGUAUGUCGUGACUACCAAAGAUGUACACCGCCCAAAGUCUGGGAUCCAGAAGAGUGCGAGUGCAAAUGUGCCGAAAUUCUCCAGUGUUGUAAAGCUGGCGAAGUGUGCGGGCUGACGUUUAUGAGGGAUGUCUGCGAAUGUGGGAUCGACCCUAUGAUGGAACAAAUCAGGAACAACGGUAACCUCACCCAGGAGAUGAUCGAUGCUUACUACCUAUUACAGAACAGCAGCGCUUCAGCAUCCUCCAACACACCUACGUCGGCAUCGGCGACAACAGCAACAUCAACGACAGAUACACCCACAACAACUACACCAACCGUCACCACCACCACCACUACCACGACAGAUACCACGACUACAGCAACGACAAAUGCAAAUACGGUCAUCGGAGCCUUGGAUCCCUGCCGUACUGUUGUAUGUCCAGGAAACUUCGUCAGGGCUCUCAACGCUGAGGGAAACUGUGUUUGCCGUCUAAGAAGAGGGCGUAGAACUGAACACUCGCCGUGA